UAAGGAAACAAGGAUGAAUGAUCUGCAGAUUUAUGAAAAGGUAACACCGACGGCACCUGUCAUGACGUGGGCUAUGUUCGCAAUAGGUUGGCUUGAACUAAACAACACCUCUAAAGCAGAGCCACUCUUCAACAAGCAAUUGCAGAAUGUUAUUCCUCCAUUUAACAUAUGGUCAAACCCCUCAGACAGUAAAGGAGGCCAGAAUUUUUUGACUGGUAUUGGAGGAUACUUACAAUCCCUCAUUUAUGGAUAUGGCGGUUUUAGAAUAUUUCAGGAUAGACUUCAGCUCAAUCCUGCCAUGAUACCAAACACGACGUCAUUCAACCUGACUGGAAUCGAUUAUCUUGGCGGGUCAUUUGAUUUCAAUUUCUCAGACAAUUACAUGCAGAUAAACCAGACCUCAUCAGCCGCAGAAGACAUGAAGAUUGUUAUAUCCUCCAACGGUCAAACUGAGACGCUGCACGUCGGGACGGUGGUCCAGUAUCCCAGGUGUAAAGCCUAUUUGAUGCCUGUAUGAUAUCAAAAUGUAAUGGAGUCAAUACAAUAAAAUAUUCUCUAGAUAUAUGCUUGCUUCAUUCAUGAUUAUUGGUAAACUUAACUGAUUCAUUUACGAA